AGAACAUCUUAAAUUCCCCAAAUACUACCUUCUUCUACUAUAAAAGAUGGCGCUACUUGCUAAGGCAGCUAAAAGUACUACUCCCAACGUUACCAGCAACUUCACAGCAAGACGUCUAGCAUCAACAUCCACUCCACAAACCCAACUAUCCGGUCUCAAGAUCAAUUCCAAGCGGCUAUGGAAAACACUACAUGAGACAUGCGAAUGGGGCGCAGCUCACAGAUAUGGCGACAACCCCACUGACACAGGCAUGGCUCGCCUCACUCUCACCGAUGCCGACGCAACUGUUCGAGGCUGGUUAAGUGACCAAGUCCAAAACCUGGGCUGUAUACUUCACAUAGAUCAAAUGGGCAACAUGUUCGCUAGGCAAAAGGGUCGAUUGAACUCACCGGUGCCUAUGACUGCUAUGGGAAGUCAUUUGGAUACUCAGCCUCGUGGUGGCCGAUACGAUGGGAUUUUAGGUAUUAUGGCCGCACUAGAAGUGUUGAAGACGAUGAAGGAGAAUGGGUAUCAGACGGAAUUUGAUGUUGGUUUGAUUAAUUGGACGAAUGAGGAAGGAGCAAGGUUUCCAAAAUCAAUGGCUUCAUCGGGUGUCUGGGCAGGUCAAAUCCCCUUACAGGAAGCAUGGAACCUCCGCGACAUUCACAAUCCAGAUAUCACCUUAAAGUCAGAACUUGAGCGGCACGGAUACCUAGGCGACAUCGCCUGUUCCCACGACCCUCAAUCCGGCGGAUACCCCCUUGGAGCCCAUUUCGAAUUACACAUUGAACAAGGCCCGAUCCUACUAGAAAGUCAACGGUCCAUAGGCGUAGUACAAGGUUCUCAGGCAUAUAGAUGGUUAAGUUUUACUGUCACUGGCCGCGACGCGCAUACAGGCACAACGCCGUUGAGCGCACGCAGGGAUCCGCUUCUCGCAGCUUCGAGGAUGAUUGCAGCCUCAAACGAGAUUGCACAACGACAUGGGGCACUGGCUUCAACGGGAAUAUUCAAGAUUCCUUCCAACGCAUCUACAAAUACUAUCGCUUCGGAAUUGACGUUCACUCUUGAUCUUCGCCAUCCAAAUGACAGCAUCGUUGAUACGGUUCAGGCCGAAUGCCUCGAAUCAUUCAGCAAGAUCGCAUCACAAGACGGUAAAGGGGUUUCCUUCACCUGGCAAAUUGAUACCGAUUCUAAAGCUGUCCGUUUCGAUGAAGAUUGUAUAAAUGCCGUGAGGACUGUAGCUCAUGGGCUUGUUGGUCCAGACAAGUAUAUGGAUAUCACUAGCGGUGCUGGCCAUGAUAGUGUAUAUACAAGUCGACGAUGCCCUACAACAAUGAUUUUUGUGCCCUGCCGGGAUGGAGUAAGUCAUCAUCCGGAGGAGUAUUGUUCUCCAGAAGAUUGUGCUAUUGGAACGCAAGCAUUGUUAGAGGCGGUUGUUUGCUAUGAUAAGCUUCGGAUAAAGCAGAAAUCUGAUGAAGGAAGAUAG